UGGACGGAUGUCCGUGCACAGGCAUUUCAGGCUCAAGACUCAAACUGCUCAUCUCGCGCCGGACUCACUGAGCUCAUCCGAAGUUUGCUCAACAUGUUCCACAUUCCAGAACGCUUCGUCUGCAUCUGUGGCCUGUCAGUGCUGGCCACCCUCGUCAGCCUGGCUGAUGCAAGCGCCUUCCGAGGGCGCACUCCCGACCUGGCUGGCUCGCACGGCGUCGACAUCGAGAUGGAGAAGGCCAUGCUGGCCGAGAUCGAGGAGGUGCUGGGAAGCAGCCACCGGAAGGCGACAGAGGGCCGCCUUGGGCGCAUCGAGGCCAUCCUGCGCACGACCUACACCGCGCUCCCCAAGAACGCGCAGGGCCGCCUCCAGGACUCCGCCGUGCGCUACGCGAUGCACAGGCUGUUCGUCCAGCGCCACGCCUGGUUCGUGCAGGGCCUCGACCCGGCGGGGGAAUCGUUCAACACCUCGGCGUCCACGGCGUCCACGCUCAUCAUGCAGGAUCAGCUGCCCGCCUACGUGCUGAGCCUCUUCGAGAGGCGCGUCGGGCACCGCGGCUUCGACUUGCACGAGCUCGCGGUGCUGGCGGCCACCUUCGAGAACCUGGUGCACGCCGAGGCGCUCGGGCGGCUGGAGCACACCUACAGGGCGCUAAGCCGCUCCACCAAGGACCCGCUGAGCCAGGAGGAGGCGAUGGAGGUGAUCCAGUCGUACAUGGCCAUGUACGUGCUGGGGAUGAACUUCAGCUCCGUGACGGGGGAGGAGCUGGUUGCGCAGCGUGACGCGAUCAAAGAGGUCUAUCCCAGCUGGCCAGCCACGCAGCAGUUCGUGCUCGACGUGUAUAAUUCGACGGCUCCGAAGCGAGAGGAGCUGGGCUUUGAGAGUAUUGCGACCGUUAUCGAGGAGAUUGGCGAGCGGUACGGGCGGUGGCAGGAUCACGAGUGCCAGUCAUUGAAAGUUCAGCUGGUAGAGAUAGAAGACCGUGGCAGCGGCCGCGUAAGGCUGUCAGACUUCUAUGGUGGCGCCGUGCACGGAGACAACUGGCAGUUCAGCGAGAGCGUCCAGUAUCUGCGUCAGCUGGGCGCGCUGGACGAGAGCGACCCGGCCAAUCUGCGUGUGAUCAUCCCCAACUAUAUCCAGAGCCCUUCCAACUGCGUGGCGUCCUCCAAGUACUACUCCGUGUGCUGCAUGGACGAGUGCGAAGAGAUCAUGCGCCACGUGGAGGACAGGGUGGGCGCACCCGAUGCGACCGCCGGCGAGCUGGCGGCCGUCGUCGAGUCCCUCCUCUCCAAUGCGUCCUCCGCCGAGGGCAGGCCUCUGUCGCCGACGCUCCGGCAGAAGCUCGGGGAGGUCGCGGAGCACCACGGCGGGCGCAUCCCCCUGCACGGGCGGCUGUUCGCCCAGUGGAUGCACUACGCCCGCCCGCGGGAGUGCCCGUACCCGCACGCCAGCGGCACGACGGCCCCGAUGAAGGCGGAGGACUGGUACGCCAAGACGGGCCUGGACCCCUCCGUGUCCCAGGACGAGAUGCGGGCGCACGCCGCCGCAGCCGGCGGGCGGCCCGGCAGCAAGGAGGGCUACGACGAGGACACCGCGGUGAGCAUGUGGACGAUGGAAGAGGAGCUCAUCGUCACCCGCCCGCAGCCCGUGCCAGCGCGCUCCUCGCCGCUCCGCGGGCUGGCGUUCCUGGCCGCCCUGGCGUCGGGGGCCGUGGCGCUGUUCCAGGUGACGAGGUCGGCGGCGGAGAAGGCGCCCCAGCUGCUGCUGCCCAAGUACAACCAGAAGCUCAAGGUGUGAGACGGGCUCUGAGGCACCAGAGGGCGUGCUCGUGGGUAGGGUGGGGGGGAGGCUGAUGAGGCGGAGGGUGCUGCUGCCCUGUCAGAUUGACCGCACCGUGCGCGUCUACACGCAAGGGCGCGUAGCUGUGCAUCCCGUCCAUGGAAAUGCCUCCACGUCUUAUGGUUCUGGUUUUGGCGGGCGCUGCCAAGAGUUCCGAGUAAUCUUACGAGG